AUCAACUGGUCAUCAGGACAGUGGCAGAAGAUGCUGCUUCUCCUUCUGAUCUCAAGUGCUUUUGUCCUGCCCUGGGCUGGGGCUGGAAGGAUCAUUGGUGGGAAGGAAGUUGUGCCCCAUUCCAGACCCUACAUGGUUUUUUUAAAAAUCCAAGUUACAAAUAAGACUGGCACGUAUCAUUCUUUCUGUGGAGGGUUCCUGAUUCACCCAGGUGCAGUGCUCUCAGCAGCUCACUGUUUGGAUAAAAAUGGGACAGUGAAUGUCACUGUGAUUCUGGGAACCCACAACAUCCGCGUCCGAGAACAGAGCCAGCAGAGGAUCCGUGCUAGAAACUUUGUCAUCCAUCCCAACUAUCAUCCUGAAGGCCAUGUAAAUGACAUUGUGCUGCUGAAGCUGGAGACAAAGGCCAAGAUCAAUGCAUAUGUGCGAACAAUCUCCUUACCCAGACACAAUGAAGGUGUGCGAGUAGGAACUGAAUGUGAGGUGGCUGGCUGGGGCCGGACGUCUUUGGAAAAAACCAAGACUGAUGUGAUGAGGGAGGUGAAACUAAAGGUGCAAAAUGACGAACCAUGUCAGAAGCAAUUCCGUAAAUACCAGCCUCAGUCCAUGAUGUGUGUUGGUGAUCAGAACAGGAGAAAGUCAGUUCACAAAGGUGAUUCUGGUGGCCCAUUAUUCUGCAAUCAGAAGGCUCAUGGCAUUGUUUCUCGUGUACUUGAAAACCGCCUCUUCCCUGAAGUAUUUACCAGGGUCUCCUAUUUUGAGCCCUGGAUACGUCAGCAGCUGAGGAGGUUUGCACUCCAAGAGCUGCCUGCCUCUCCAUCCUCCCAAUAA